AUGGAUACCCCUUCGUCUUCUGUCAAACCAAAGUUGCGGAAGAAGGACAAUGACGAGGUACGAGCCGAACGGAAAAGAAUCCAAGAUCGACUCGCUCAACGAGCCACGCGAGAGAGGACCAAAAAUAGGAUCGCGUAUCUCGAACAACGACUCAGAAAUCUUGAAGCUGGCGAUAAGGCCGGCGAAAUCGCGAGCCUUACCAAGAUCAUUGAUUCGGUCCGCCAGGACAACAACCGUCUUCGCAAUGCUAUGGUUAAAAUCCGGACGGCCAUUGAUCAGGCUGUGCUCACGACUGAAGACGAGCAUCCGCUUCCAUCAUCUCAAAUAGACCUUGACUAUUCGCAAAUCCCCUUUGACCAACCUACCGUGUCGGCAGAGCUGACUGAGAACAUCGCUCCUGACGAGCAACCCACUACUUCCCGGCGACAGAACUCCGUCUCCACUGGCUCAGAUGUGACAGAGGUGGUAAAUGGGCAUUACCUCCACCCUAUCGAUGCUCAAGAUAUAACUAUGGAGGCCGCAACGGGGUCAAUACCUGGCGCAGACGAAGCAGAAACUUCAUUAACUGGGCUGGAAGACUUCUUCGCCUUCAGCCCAACGUCCCUUCUAGAAGCAUUUGAACUAGGUCCUACUGGCUGGAGCUCAGCAGUACCGUCUCUGUUCGACAGCCACUUCCCUCGCGCUGAUCCGGUCACCAGCAUCGCGCCUGAUGUAGAUAAGUGGCAUGUGUCGAAUGGGGCGUUCAUAGGUUGCCUGGAUUCUGUGAAGAAAAAGGCCACGUCCACCACCACUCUCGACCUACAUGUUCCCUUCAAAGCGGUCAUCUGGGGAUGGGACAAUGUCGGCGCCGAGGCUCAGCACCCUGUCUGGCAAGCAUUGAGGCAAGUUGAUCAGCAGGUCUUUGGGACGUGGACAUCAACUGCCCAGAGGAUCGCAUUGAUGUAUGUCUGUCAGACGUUGAUCCAGUACCGAGAAAACCCCAGCAAGGAGAAUUUGGAGCGAGUCCCGGUGUUUUUGCGACCCAGGCCUUCACAGGAGCGAGUUCAGCAUCCUGCAGUAAUCGACUUCCUCGUAUGGCCCGGCUUGCGUGACCGACUGGUGUUCGAGCACAAGAAAUACACAUCAACAGGGACAUUCAGUGCCGCCUUUGUCGAGUAUUUCAACUUCUACUGGCCUUUCUCCGAUCGAGACAUCUUCGCGUUCAAUCCCCAGAACAAUCGCUAUGAGGUGUCCAGGGUCUUCCUCGAAUAUGCGUACGAUUUCAAAAAUUGGACCAUGAAGCCGGGGUUCUUCAAGAAAUUCCCCGAGAUGCAGCACGAUAUCGCAGCUUUUGAGGAGACAGGUUCUUUUGGUUGA